UUGUUUUCCUUUUUCUUCUCCAUGACCCCAGAACCCAGCACGACUCAAUCCCUCCUUUUGUCACCUUCUCUCCGCCAUGGUAACAACCACCAUCCCUCAGCCCCAAAACACCCAAAUCCAAAGCGUUCUCAUUGUCGGUAAUUACUGCCACGAUGUCCUUAUCCAAGGUGGCGACGUCCUCGCCGAAACCCUCGGGGGAGCCGCAUCUUUCAUUUCCAACGUCUUUAGCGCGCUCUCCGUUUCUUUCCAUCUAACCUCAAAGGUCGGCUUCGAUUUUAAAUACCCGGUUAAUCACGAACCCGUCGUGAUCCCCACCUCUAAAACCACCGUUUUCCACGCCUAUUUCGAUCAGGGUCAUGCCGAUAAUGCUCAUCAAGAUCGGGUCUUGAAACUGGUCGAGGUUUGCGAUCCGAUUAAUUCAUCGGAUCUGCCCGAUAAAAGGUUCGCUUUCGGAAUGGCGGUUGGGGUCGGCGGGGAGAUAUUGCCGGAGACGCUGGAAAAGAUGGUUGAAAUAUGCGACGCCGUCUUCAUCGAUGUCCAAGCUUUAAUCCGUACUUUUGACAAAAACGACGGGACGGUAAAGCUUGUGGGGUUAAAAGAGAGUGGGUUUUACCAUUUGUUACCGCGGGUUAAGUUUUUGAAGGCGUCAUCGGAGGAGGCGCUGUUUAUGGACGUUGAUGAAGUGAAGCAAAUGUGUUGUCUGGUGGUAACGCAGGGAAAAGAUGGGUGUGAAGUUUAUUGGAAAGAUGGGGUAAUGAAAAUUGAGCCUUUUGGGGCUAACCAGAUUGAUCCGACCGGAGCCGGAGAUAGCUUUUUGGGUGGAUUAGUCGGCGGGUUGGUCCAUGGGUUGGUUGUUCCCGAUGCUGCUCUGGUGGGUAACCUUUUUGGGUCACUUACGGUUGGUCAGAUUGGUCUCCCUAAGUUCGACUUAAGAUUGUUACAGAGAAUUAAGGAUGAGGUGCAAAGAAGGACGCUGCACAGUACAUGCUGGAGCGGAGAUGAUUCGAUGAGUUUCACAAAGCCGGACGGGCAUGAAGAAUUCCAUGCUUCCCUUGCAUCGUGUAAAUUAGGUUCAAUAUGCUCCGUUCAAGAAUGUGUACGGGAUGUGCCAAGAUCACUGGGGAGCGUAGAGCAGGUUACCCACCCCCCGUGUAAUGGGCAGCAGAAGUUGGUAGAUUCUGUUUAUGAUAAACCAAUUUAAGCAGAAGAGGAUGCAGCACUAGCGGGAGCAUUUUCCGUUUUGUGGUAUAUCAUCAAAUAAGAACGGGGUGAGUGAAGAGCCUUUAAAUGAGAAGCGAAUUAUAACUUGGUAAAUACAUGUAGCAACAAUGCUUGCAUGGUAACGUACAUUUUAGAGAGAAAAAAAUGACAUUCUUAUGCUGCA